AGAAUGUGGGGACUAAGGGCAGGCACUGGCACAACACUCCCAUGUGGUUUCCUCCAUCUGACUGGAGUUUUGACUUCUCAUUUGAGAACUCCCAUGUUUGUUCCCACCUUCCACCAAAUAGAAAAGUUGUCAAGUACACACUGGUAAUGAUUAGCCUGUAUUGAUUUCUGUGUAUUUGUGAGAGAUAUUGUUUGACUUUGAAGGCCAGGCCUUGCAGGCAUGGGGAAUUAUUUAUUUCUUUCUUGCUGGGGACUUAUAUAAAUUUUGCAGCACCUCCUGCUUUCCUGCUAACCUCUUUAUCCUGGUCCUCCUUGCUCCCACUGAGCAGGAGCAUACUAUUGGUUCAGCUGUGACCAGCAUCCCUGAAACAGCCUGUGGUGGAUGGGGUUGCCAUGUCUUGGGAACUCAAAUUUCUGCCUCGAGCAAUCACUGAGCAAGGUGGAGAGGCUGCUAGUUGCUCCUGGAUUGUCCACCAACUGGAAAGGUGCAGUAUUGUCUGUCCCUCCAGUGUUUGUGCUAUAAACAGGGCCAUAAUGAGCCAAAAGAUAUGGCCUACACAUGUCCUUACUGCUUCACCCACAGAUAGCAAGGUAGAGAUGGUGUGCAGUGCUGGUCAGCUUGCUGUGAUACAAGUCCUCUGAAGGCAGUAAGGGCAGACGCAAACAACCAUCCUUUAGCAGAAGGGGGCAGGCAGCUCCCUGUGCUGGUUUACACCCAUGUGCUGCUGCGGCCCUGGGGCUGUUGGGCUGUGGUAAGGGUGGGCAGGUUGUGCACGAUGCCUGGCGUGAUGAAAACCUUUUUCCCAACCGGCAUGUGGUGUCACAGCUGCAACCCAGGUGGCCAGCUGGGCUUUGGGUCUGGGCCGUUUCCACUUCACUGAUCACCAGAGCAGAUUUGCAGCACGUUGGGAAGAGGCCUGUGCUCUUUGUGUUGAUUUUGCAGUAUAAUUGCAGUGAAAGUGGGAAGGUUUCAGCCAGCCUUAGCAGCCAGUGACUGCAGAGUACCUGAAGGCAGAUGAAAGUAAUCCUGCAAAGACAGAAUAGAAUUAGGAAGCUUUUUACUACCAAGCUAUACUCCAUGAUGCUGGAGUAUCCCCUGGCUUGCAGGCCAAGCAGGAGGGAGCCAGGUUAUGGUGGGGACAGGCAUGUCCUACACCGCCAUCUCCCUCCGCUCUCCUCCUGGAGGAGCACAGCCACCAGCCUGCAGUGUCCCUGCUCCCAGUGCCAGCCGCUCUCCCCUUCCCACACUGACUCAUCUCUGUGAUCAGAGAGCAGUCAUCUCUUAAAAGACAAUCCCCCAGAAAGAGCUUUCUUCUUCCUCAUUAGCGCCUGUAAUCUCUUGCCGCCUACGAAGCUGUGGGACGACAGAGUGUCUGUGGCUGAGGAGCAGGUCCAGGCAGGGAGGUGCACUGCAGCGAUGAAGGCCGUGUGAGCCUGGGGAAGGCUGAAUAAUGCACCGUGGAGGAUGACGUGCAUCAUCCUGGUGAGAGAGCACGGAGCCUGCUGGAAUCAGUGUGUUCAGCACUGCCAGAGCAGAGUGUGUGCAGGGAGAGGAGACAGGCAGCAGAAGAUCUGCGGAAAGGUCCCGGAUAGACAGUGCUGCUCCGUGAACAAAAGGACCAACCCCUUCUGUCAGCCAGAUCUCGGCAUUACGCGCACCUCUACCCUUCCAGAAAGAGACCUUUCACAAACCGACUCCUUGGUGUACAGCAGCUUUCUCCAGACUUCUGAAUCCUCAGCAGAGGCCUCAGACAACAAAGAAGGCAAAGCAAGGGACUUGGUUGUCCCUAGUGCCAGUAAGCGACACAACCCGUUCUUACUGAACGAGGGUGAAGAUCUCAGCAUCUUUGGGGAUGACUUGGGUCAAAAAUCUUUCCACCUUCACAACUCCCUUGUGGGUGGAAAACCUCCCUUUCAUCUGCAUGAGCUGGCCUUGCCCCCUUUCCACCUCCACGACUCCAACCACAUUGUGAAAUCCUGGAACAUGGCAAGCCGGUCCGGUGUGGUAGAUGGGCAAGAGGACAAAAUCAACAGUGAUGAUGUCCAGAAGAGGAACAAUGCAAACAGGUGCCACCAGGCCACAGAGCGCAUGGAGUUGGAUGAAUGCAGCUGCAAUCGUGGCAGCUCCUCCAGCUUCUCCUUCGAUGGUGGUGACCAGGAGUGGAAUCAAAAUACAGGUGAAUCGCUGAGGAAUCAUGAUGCCCUGCAUAGCCGGACAUGCAGCUGUUCCAGCUCAGAGCUCCAACACUGUCGCUGCUACAGUUCAUCAAGUCAGUCUGAAGUGAUCGACCAGCAGAUGGGUUACAUCAGUGACUCUUCUUGCAACAGCUCUGAUGGGGUGCUGGUGAACUUCAGUGCUCUCUACAACAAAAUGAAUGGCCAUUCUCGAUCUAACCUGAAUUCAGCCAACCUGUCCUGCGACUCUUCCUUCUGCAGCCACUCGGACACAGGGGCUUUUUACUUGGAUUUGCAUUCAUCACCCACAGAAUCCAAGAUGUCUUGUGAGUCGCAUCACCUGGAGAGUUCAGGGAAGGCAUGUGAGUGUCACCGUUCUUCCUCACCUGUUCUUGAUGCUAACUGCAACUCCUACCACCUCCACUGUGAGCCUUGCACUUCAGAGAGCUCAGAUCUCACUGCCUGCUUCCAGAGCCAAGCACGGCUUGUUGUGGCUACUCAGAAUUAUUAUAAGCUAGUCACGUGUGACUUGUCUUCCCAGUCAUCCCCCAGCCCUGCAGGAUCUUCCAUAACUAGUUGCUCAGAAGACCAAACCAAAGGUAGCCCAGCCCAGCCCACUGAAUACUAUCUUUUUAGAAGGCCUGACCUGAGAGAAGAAGACAACAACGUGGAGUGCAGUGAAGAGGAGACAAAGGGAGAAACCACAGAAAACAUGAUUGAGGGUCAGGUCUAUGUGAACGUGUCACCGCCUAACCUCAACACAAGCCGGCAGCGCUCCAGAAGCUAUGAUCAGAACCUGGACAGGAGUCCUGGCAACAGGCUGGGGUCUUUGGAGCGUAUGGUGAGCUGUCCGGUUAAGUUGAGUGAAAGUCCAGCAAUACCCAUCCAGAGUUCCCCACCAAAGCGAGUGACGUCUUUUGCUGAACUUGCUAAAGGCAGGAAAAAGAACAGCACCUCGCCACCACUCCGCUGCAGUGGAGAUUCCUCCUUGGAGUUCUCCCCUAUCCCUGAGACACAGCGAGACUGCCCAACCUUCCUUGAAGAAAGAGCUCACCGCAGCCAGAGUCUUCCACCCAUGCCCUUCAUCCAUGGGCUGAACCGGAGCUGUGAGGGCUUCUGUUUGAAUCACCCUUUUGGGGACAGACAGGCUUUGUGUUCCACUAAAGAUUCAGGACCCAGUGAGACCGUCCCCAGUGGGCAUGGGGCAGGUGAGCAAGCCUCUCUCACCUUGCUGACGGAGGCAGAUGCCAGCUUCUCAGGUAGUUCUACCAGUGGCCAUGGACAAAGAGAUGUUAGAGCUCGAGCAGACGGUGGAGGUGCAGACAGCAAGCCUGUGGUACGCUACAGCAAGGAGCAGCGUCCCACAACGCUGCCCAUCCAGCCUUUCGUUUUCCAGCACCAUUUCAGCAAGCCACCCAAGGCCCGUGCUCUGCACAGCCAUUUUGCUUCCAGCCUUUCUCAACUCUACAACUUGUCCAGCAACCGACCUGCCAGCCAGCAGAUCUCUUCCAGUUCCCACCCCUCUGCCGCCCUGGCAGAGCAGUCAGCAGUGGCAGGGGGCCAAGCCCGUGGCAUGCUCCUGACCCAGCGUUCAGUGGAUGGAGCUGCCUCCCUCAACGAUGGCUGCAUCAAGAAGCCAGCCCCUGAGACAACCCGACCAUCCCCACUGGGCAGUUACUCUCCUGUGCGAUGCAACGUGCCUUUCUUUCAGAGCGUGGACUCCUCUUCCUCGCCCACCGCUGAGCGAGCUGGAGAGAGCCAGCCUCCCAGGAGCAGGUCCUGCCCCAUCUCUGCCAGCCUGCUUCCCACCAGGUCUUCCCCUGCUGUCAGUGCCGUGCAGCCCACUCAAAUCACCAAAGUUGAUGCCCCGAAGCAAAAUGAGAACCCCAGGCCGGUUCCCAAGAAGGAGGCAGCUCUGGAGCCAAGCCCACCAUUCUCUGAGUACCGACUCCACAGCAGGUCCCUCCUGCCCCUUUCACUGAGUAGCAUGCCCAUGAGCCGAGUGGGAGCCCAGGCAGAUCCCCACUGGAGGCGUGGCAGCGAGACCAGCAGCUCUGGCCCUCUGAGCAGCAUGGGGGGACGGCCCCUCAAUGCGAACCACCUCUCCCCUCAAGCACUGAAGUGGCGAGAGUACAGGCGGAGGAACCCCCUGGGCCUGGACCGUGUUUCAGGGCUGCCCAGCUUAGCCAGCAGCCUAGACAGGAAGCAGCAAGAGCCCCGGAUGAACCGGGGGAAUCCCAUCUUUGAGUUCCCUGGCACUCUCAACACCAGCCAUUUCCACUGCAAGCUGAACGGGCAGUCUAUGAAGCAACUCCAACUUACCUACACUGACUUCUUCCCUGACUACUUCUCGCUAGCUGAGAAACCCCCUGCUGAGUUCUGUCUCUCCCCAGAUGGCAACACAGAAUCCAUCUCUAUUGACUUGCUGCAGAAGAAGGGUCUGGUGAAGGCAAUCAAUACUGCUGUUGACCUGAUUGUGGCUCACUUUGGAACCAGCAGAGAUCCAGGGGUGAAGGCCAAACUUGGGAACAGUUCCGUGAGCCCCAACGUGGGUCAUCUCAUACUGAAAUACCUGUGCCCAGCUGUCCGGGACAUCCUGAGUGAUGGGCUCAAGGCCUAUGUUCUGGACAUGAUCAUUGGCCAGAGGAGGAACAUCCCCUGGAGUGUGGUGGAAGCAUCCACCCAACUAGGCCCCUCUACCAAGUUGCUGCACAGCCUCUAUAGCAAGAUCAGCCAGUACACGGAGCUCACCAACCACACCAUGCGGUUCAAUGCGUUCAUCUUUGGCCUCCUCAAUAUCCGGUCCUUGGAGUUCUGGUUCAACCACCUCUACAACCAUGAAGAUAUCAUCCUGGCACACUACCAACCGGUGGGCUUCUUAUGCCUGUCUCAUAGUGUGUGCCAGCCUCUUUUUGAGGAGCUCCUGCUCCUGCUGCAGCCUCUCUCCCUGCUGCCCUUCAACCUGGACCUCCUUUUUGAGUACCACCUGAUGCAGAUGGGCAAAGAGCAGCAGCAGCAAAAGGAGCUGCUGCGUGUGAAGCAGGACCUGCUGCUUUCUGCACACUCCACCCUGCAGCUGAUGCGGACGCGGGGCAGCAGUGAGGAUCCCGACGGCUGCAGCACUGCCCGUGAAGCAUGCAAAGUGGGUGGCAGAGAUGGUGGCGUGUCACCAGGCCACAGCCCUGAGCAGGCUGCAAGUGAGAGGGUCAAGGGAGUGGGAGCCUCCUGCGGAGAUGGGGACAGAGAGGAAGAACGGAGGAAGGUGCGAGAGAGCACGUGGGAGGGGAAGAAGGACAAGCAGGCGGGUUGGUGGUACCAGCUCAUGCAGAGCUCUCAGAUUUACAUUGAGGGCUCGACUGAAGGCUCGAAGUUCAUCCGUUAUGAAAAGAAGAAGGCUUUGAGUGGUGUGCCCGGUUCGGCUGAGUCCCACGAGACACCACCCCCACGUGAAGGGGUGGUGGAGGGAGCAGAAGCAUGCCACAUUGCCGAGGGCAGCCUGGAGGAGAAGCCCAAGGCUGCCAGCAGGCCAAGUCCUGAGACUGUGGAAGAGCCCCUGGAGAAGCCCCAGCAUGUACCAGGUGGUGAAGAGGUCAAGGAACGGAGCUGGCCCUUCUGGAUGGGCAGCCCCCCAGACUCGGUGGUUACAGAGCUGAAGCGCAGCAAGGAAAAAGAGACGGGGACUCAGCUAAAAGUGGGAGCAGCAGCAGCAGCCCCCCAAGAAGAGAGCAGUGCCAGUGCGUCAGAGGCCAGCCAGCCCAUCAAGUGGGGACACUUGUUUGGGUCCAGGAAGGUGCAGAAAGAGCCCAGGCAACCUAACAGGUUGCCCUCUGGCUGGCUGAGCCUGGACAAGUCUGUGUUCCAGCUGGUGGCCCAGGUUGGAGCAAGCAUGUGGAGAGAAGCAGCCCCUGAGCCAGAACCCCCCCAACCAGAGCCUCCUGAAGUAUCACCUGCACCACAGCCAGCCCGAGGACUGUGUGCCAGCCCUCCCUGCGAGGUGAAAGCUCUUUGUCAUCACAUUGCCACCGAGGAGGGACAGCUGAGCUUCAACAAGGGGGAUAUCCUGCAGGUCAUCUCCAAGGUGGACGGUGACUGGCUGAAGUGCAGUCUCGGCUCCGAGAAGGGACUCGUGCCCAUCAUGUACGUGACCCACCCGGAGGACAAGGACUAUUGAUGUGGCUGACUGGCCAAGCACAGUACCGUGGGCUGCUGAGGCUCCUCUGGGGAUGCCCAGAGAAGCAAACACAGCUUCUUGCUAGUUUCUUACCUUUCUUGCCAUUACAGAAUACAGUAACCGUAGGUGGUUCCUUCUUGCUCCUCCUUGUGCAGCUGCCAAAGGCCAAACUGGCCCGUGGAGCCUUCUGCAAGCUGUACCUCGUAUUGCCAGGCAUUGCCGUGCAUGCAGCCACACCAGGGACCGUUAGAGCCCCCUCCACCCCAUGCCAUCUCCAGCACCCAUAGGUGGUGGGUUUGUAUGUAGCAGGAAUCGAAACAAUCCCUGCCAGAGCAGCACUGGCUCAGUUUCACGCUGCAGGGUGCAGGAGGAUGGCCCCUCCCGGGGGUGGCCGUGCAGCCUCCAGCACCCCGAUGUUACUGGGGUGGGAGCACCGUGCACUGCCAACGCUGCCCGGCCUCGGCCUCGGGAGGGAAGGGGUGUUUGUGUGUGUGCAGAGCGAGGUUGUGUGGGGUUGUGAGGAAGGCACGUGGAUGUACAGUGUGAUGUAGGUUCAGGUGAGGUAGUGCCACCCUGUGCAGAGAUAGGUGAUGUGGGGAUGUGCCCUCCAUGCCGGGCAGGUCACCUCAGAUGCCCUGGGGUGCUCAGUGGAGGGAAGGUGGGAGGGGAGGGAAGGGGGGUGAGGGCAGGGUCCCUGACAGGGCUAGGGAUGGGAUGCUUUUGGGGUUUGGGGGCCGUGCUCCCAGGAGGAACAGCGGGGGAGAUGGGGAUAGGAAAUGCUCCCCGUGGUGUGAGUUUGGGGGAUAAGUGUUGUGCACGAACACAAGGGGCUGCUGGGAGUCCAGGGCUCCUCAGCAGAGGCAAUGUCAGUCAGUCCCUGCCUUGCCAUGCUCUUGGGGUGGUGUGGGGAUCCUCACCUGCCACUGGGUGGGUGACAGUGUUAGUGAAAGUCCGUGCCAGUAUUUGGUGCCUUGGCCAGGCGGAUGCUGCUCAUGGUGUCAUGCCUGAGCUGGCUUCCCCAUGGCGAGGGGCCCUGGUCUUGCAAGGUUACCUCCUGCUUGUACAUCGCUUAGCGGACGUUGCACCAUAUUUAAUUUGUAUUUCCCUGUUAGAACGAGGUGUCUCGCCUUUAUUUAUUUCUUUAUUUAUGAUGCAUAUUAAUUAAAAGGUGCUGAUUGAG